AUGGAGGCAUGCAAGCAGACAUGGCAGCUGAGUGCUCUAUAUUUGGGUCUGAAUAUGCAGGCAGCAAAAAGAGUUAGCACUACACUGUUUGCACAGAUGGGUGCAAAGGUUCUGCUGUGCUGCCCUGCUAUUUCAAUGACAGAAGCACUAUUAGUAACAUGGUUCAUAGCCCUCAGAGGCCAGUCUCCCUGCAGAAUAUCCUACAGAGUAGAAACAAAGGAGAUCAAGGAAACCAACUGUACAGACAAGAGAAUCACCUGGGCCUUCACACCUGACCAGAGUCCUGACCUUCUGAUCAAUGCAGUGGCCCUCGAUCAUGACGGGCUUUAUUCAUGUGAAAUAGUAACACCUAUGGGGAAUUUACAAAAAAGACAUGACCUCCACGUGCUAGUGCCUCCAGCAGUAACCCUGCUUCCGGGGGAAAACAGAACAGCAGUUUGUGAGGCAAUUGCAGGCAAGCCGGCUGCGCAGAUCUUUUGGACUCCAGAUGGGAAUCACGUCACUAAGAAGGAAUCACACAGCAAUGGCACCGUGACUGUCAGGAGCAUGUACCACUGGGAACAGAAUAAUGUGUCUGCUGUGUUCUGCUUUGUUUCCCAUCCGACUGGCAACCUGACUCUGUCCAUAGAACUGAAUCACGGUGUCACCAUCCCGCUGCAUUCUUUACUGAUCAUUCUCUAUGUGAAACUUUCCUUUCUGGGGAUUAUUCUGCUCAUCCUAGGAUUUGUUUUCUUCCAGAAAAGAAAUUAUUUCAGGUCAGAGAAGAAGAAGGAUUAG